AUGGCUGGCAGACAGAUCCUUCUCGCGGCCGCCCUUCUGCAGGGUGUGCUCUCGGUUCCCUUUGGAAAUGUCGAGGAGCGCCAGUCAUGCGGCAGCCAAUGGUCGCAGUGCGGCGGCAUCGGAUGGGGCGGCGCUACGUGCUGCGCUUCCGGGAGUACCUGCGUGAGGCAGAACGACUACUACUUCCAGUGCAUCCCCGGCUCCGGCCCGGCCCCGACCACGACGACCUCGCGGUCGGGCCCGACCACCACUACGCGCGCCCCGGGCCCCAGCACCACCGUCACCUCACGGGGCACGACGACCACUGGUGGAAACGGUGGCACGCCGACGUCGGGCGGCGGCGGCGCGGGCACGACGGCGUCCUUCACGGGCAACCCCUUCCAGGGCGUCAACCUCUGGGUCAACGACUACUACGCCUCCGAGAUCAGCACGCUGGCCAUACCCAGCCUGUCGGGCGCCAUGGCGACCAAGGCGGCGGCCGUGGCCAAGGUGCCGUCGUUUGAGUGGUUCGACAUCGCGGCGAAGGUGGGCACGCGCAUGCCGCACACGCUCAACGCCAUCCGCGCCGCCAACAAGGCCGGCGGCAACUUUGCCGCCCAGUUUGUCGUCUACGACCUGCCCGACCGCGACUGCGCUGCAGCCGCCUCCAACGGCGAGUACUCCAUCGUCGACGGCGGCGUGGCCAAGUACAAGGCCUACAUCGACUCGAUCCGCGCGCAGCUCGUGUCCUUCAGCGACAUCCGCACCAUCCUCGUGGUCGAGCCCGACUCGCUCGCAAACAUGGUGACCAACCUCAACGUGCCCAAGUGCGCAAACGCGCAGGCGGCCUACCGCGAGUGCACCCUCUACGCCAUCAAGCAGCUCAACCUGCCCAACGUGGCCAUGUACCUCGACGGCGGGCACGCCGGCUGGCUCGGCUGGCCGGCCAACCUGGGGCCGGCGGCGGACCUGUUCGGCAAGCUCUACGUCGACGCCGGCAAGCCGUCGCAGCUGCGCGGCAUGGCCACCAACGUGGCAAACUACAACUCCUGGAACCUGACGUCGGCGCCGGCCUACACGUCGCCCAACCCAAACUACGACGAGCGCCACUACGUCGAGGCCUUCCACCCGCUCCUGGCCGCAAAGGGCUGGAACGCCCACUUCAUCACGGACCAGGGCAGGUCCGGCAAGCAGCCGACCGGCCAGCUCGAGUGGGGCCACUGGUGCAACGCCAUGGGCACCGGGUUCGGCAUGCGGCCGUCGGCCAACACGGGGCUCGAGAUCCAGGACGCCUUUGUGUGGAUCAAGCCCGGCGGCGAGUGCGACGGCACCAGCGACACGACUGCGGCCCGCUUCGACCGUUUCUGCGGCAUGGCCGACGCCCUCAAGCCCGCGCCCGAGGCCGGCCAGUGGUUCCAGGCCUACUUUGUGCAGCUGCUGACCAACGCGAACCCGCCGUUCUGA